GCCUAAUAUAUCCUACAGUCUUCUAUACGCAGGAAUUCCAAGAGAUUCGUUAAUCUAUUUGCAAUUUAUCAACCGAGUCAUAAUUCCGUGUAAUUCGACGUUUUGUGAGAAGUCAUCGCUAUUGGUUAGAGAAGGGGAGAGACUGGGUCAGGUGAUGGAGAAGACCACUGUUCAAUGAGAUCUUCUCCUCACACGGCCUGAGAAUAAGUCGGUCCCUCCCAACCCGGAUACGCAGAGGGGUAAUAAAUAUUGAAAAUCGUCUUCAGUGUGAAGCUCGCAGGCUGCAAUUCCAGUACCCAAGGUGAGGAGAGCUCCCCUCGGGUCCACGCGCUUUGAAGGGGGAUCAUUUGAAGUCACAUCAAAGCGCCUGCAGCAGGAAACGGCAUCAUUUUUGAUAACAGACAGUGGGGCAGACUAAGGAGGGUGUGUGUUGCACGGGUUCUUUCACAGUCGUGAAUAGUUGCAUGCAGAAUACCGUGCCUUGUACCACCGAGAGCAUCAACGAGCGAUGGCGGAGUGUGGGAGGAAGGCGCUGUCGCUGCUUGAGGCGGCCCGAUGCCGCUACGAGAGUCUGCAGAUCUCUGAUGACGUUUUUGGGGAAUCGGGAGAUGACAGUAGCGAAAACCCCUUCUACAGCACCUCAGGCGACUCUAAUUCCGAUAACUACACCGGGGAGGCCGAUGAGCAGAGGGCAGGUGACAGUGGGAGCAGUCUGAGCGGUGGAGGUCCCCCCGGCUCAGUGUCAAAGAGCCAGGCAGAGGAGGACGGAUGGAGCGACACGUUGCAGGACAUCACGGUGCCCCCCUACACAGACACAUAUGGCCCCGCCCAGAAAAUGGCCGCCUCCUCCUCUGCACUGGAUUUUUUCCAGCUCUUUGUUCCUGACAAUGCCAUCCAGAACAUGGUGACUCAGACCAACAUGUACGCCAAAAAGUACCAGGAACGCUUUGGCAUCGAUGAGGGGUGGCGUUCUGUCACUGUUGCAGAGAUGAAGUCCUUCCUUGGGUUCAUGACGUCCACCAGCGUGCAGCGCUGUGAGUCGGUGCUCAGCAUCUGGAGCAGUGGCUUCUUCAGCAACCGCAGCAUCGCUCUGAAGAUGAGCCAGGCCCGCUUCGAGAAGAUCCUCAAGUACUUCCACAUCGUGGCCUUCCGCUCCAGCCAGGGCCAAGGCAGCCAGGGCCUGUACAAGAUCCAGCCCUUCCUGGACUCCCUGCAGCAGUCCUUCAGCUGCUCCUUCAGACCCUCACAGACACAGGUUCUCCAUGAGCCUCUGAUCGAUGAAGACCCUGUCUUCAUCACCACCUGUACAGAGAGGGAACUGAGGAAGAGGAAGAAGAGGAAGUUCAGUCUCUGGGUCAGGCAGUGCACCUCCACCGGCUUCAUCUGCCAGAUCUAUGUCCACCUGAAGGAGGGUCAGGGGGUGGACGGUCUGGCCACGCUGAAGAACAAGCCACAGCUCCACAGCAUGGUGGCCAAGCAGCUGUGUCAUAACCUGUCCGGGCGCAAUGCUAUCGUGUUCACAGGGCCCAGCAUCACCAGCCUCAACCUCUUCCAGGAGUUCCAGAAACAAGAGAUCUACUGCUGCGGCCUGCUGAGCACCAGGAAGAGUGACUGCACGGGCCUGCCCCAGUGCAUGCUGGUCGGCACCUCCACUCCCCAGCAGCGUGGCCAAUCCUGCACCAUGAUGAGAGGCAACAUGUCCCUGAUCAGCUGGUACAACAAGGGCCACUUCCGCUUCCUCACCAACGCUUACUCUCCCACCAAGCAAGGGGUGAUCAUCAAGAGGAAGAGCGGAGAGAUCCAGUGUCCACUGGCGGUGGAGGCGUUCGCUGCUCACCUUAGUUACAUCUGCAAGUACGACGACAAGUACAGCAAGUACUUCAUCUUCCACAAGCCUAACAAGACGUGGCAGCAGGUGUUCUGGCUGACCAUCAGCAUCGCCAUCAACAACGCCUACAUCCUGUACAAGCUGUCCGAUGCCUACCAAGUCAAGCGUUACAGCCGCGCCCAGUUCGGAGAGAGACUGGUCAGGGAGCUACUGGACUUGGACGAAUGUUCCCCCACACAGUGAAGCAGCAGGCUAAGACCCACUGUAAAAGACACACACUUUUAGUGUUCUGUAUAUACUAAACAUAACACGUGUAAACUCACACGCACAGAGCAUAUUCGCACUCUACUGUACUAUCUUUCGUUCUCUCUCUAUAUCACGCAAACACACAUACACAGAUACACACAUACAUUGUAAAUAUGAAGUGUUUUCCCUCUCGUAGUCUUAGGUGUUUCACACUAACACACGUUGGCACACACUGUUGCCCCGUGCAAACACGCCAACAAACACUGACACGCAGGCACUUUCAUACACACACACACACACACACACACACAAACACACACACACACACUCCUCUCGUGCUGUAGAAACUAAAACCCCUCUCUCUGAAGCUGUGCCAAGUCGGACACAGCCCCCCCCCCCACAGAGACUGGGAGAGCCGGCCCUCUCUCUCCCGUCUGACCUGUAUCUGCUCUGCUCCCAGGGAGAUACCACCCGACACGUGUCUCUCUUCAUAGACCAGAGCCAUUGUACAGAUAACAUGCCUCAGUACCAUUAGUGUGACAGGCUGCAUGACUACAAGCAUAAUAAUGUACUCUCGUUCAGUGUGCUGAGGAAAAACAUUGCAUUUUAUAAUCUUUUGUCCGUCUUGUUAAGAUGGUGAGAUGGCUGGGUGGAGUGAUGAUGGUGAUGUAUAUAAUCCAUGACUAUUAGCCAGUCAUCCAGGGAGCUACAUCUGGUGUCACAGCUAUGCGUCCUAAAGAGUCAAUACUAUAUGACAUGUGAGACAUAUGAUAAGUCCUAUAGGGCAACUAAGAUAGAAUCUGUCCAUACACUGGAAUGGACUAGAGUCUAUCAGGCUCUCAUGCACUUUCCAUCUCCAUGGUCUUGCACGUAAGAGAUUUAACAAUAGUUCCUUGACAUGUUUACUAGAUAUCGUCUUUAGCUUUGGUGGGAAGUCCUAUUAACGGUAACAUUACGCUCCCCCCCCCCCCUAAAUAUGAUCAAAUAUGAUAGAUCAAUCAGAAAACAUAAUUAGUAUAAAUAUGCAUCCUCUGACUCUGAGCAGCACCAAACAGAGAUGAACAAGUAGAAUACACUUUAGAAUAACCAAUGUAGAAAACCAAAUGAAUUAAUAAUAUGACAAAUAUUUAUAUUAUGAAAUAUAAUAGCUAAAACAUUUCAAAGAUAGAUGGAUCGAGCUCAUAUCGAUGAUUCGAUCCGAUAUCACUUAGAAAAAGACAAGAUUGUGAUCUUUCACCUCUUCUUUUUCUAAUGCCCCAUUGUCGUUGUUGUCGUAGUGUUACUGUGUGUUUCUGUGACCCACUGUCUGUGCACUGUUAUUCUGUUCUCAGUAACACUGUUUAAAAGCUUCACCAUCGUACCACACUCACAACUUAUACAUCCAACUAUUAUUAAAGACAGCAGAUUCCAUAUGGAUUAUAGAUAAUAAUGACUUUGAGAGGGACCCUAAAUGAGUAUGAAUAUCAUAUGAAUUAAUGUUGCGGUUACUGUGUAUAUCUCAAGUCUGGGAUUGCUUCUGCACAGCUGCUGUUACUAGGCAAUGUGUUUAAGGAAGUGUGGAGGCCACGCUGGUCGUCAGGAAGGAGCUGCAGUAGACCAGGGGAGGUCUGCCCAAUCACACAUAUACUACUGCUCUCUCUGAUCCCACACACACACUCAUACACACACAGGAACACACACAGACACUCACUGACACACACACAUUCACUCCCUCUAUUUCUGUAUCUCUCACACACACACACACACACAAACACACACACUCACACACAUGUAUUUAAAGCAGCUGUGUUUGGUAGGUUCAGCUUUAUGUAAAAGUGUAAUUUCUAGUUUGGCAUCCCAGACCUAAUGUACCAGUUACAGUUAAAAUUAUUUGAUGUCUUUUGAUUUCCAUAGGGAAUUAUUGCUCUCCUAAUCAGUUAUAAUUGAUCAAAUUUUAAGGUUUAUUCUCAGGUUGAAAUCCAAUGGCUCAAUAUACAAAUUUCAUUUGAGGCUGAAAUGACAAGGAUUUAGUUUAUAAUUUCACAGAUCAGCCAUAUCAAAUAUGUUCUCAGUGCCUUUUCAAGAAGUCUGCUCUUAAGGUUAUGAUAUUUUAUGUCACUCUAUGGCUUUUAAAUCCAGUGGGUGGAUGGUGGCGGGGGGGUUGAAGGACAAUAAGUAAAUUGGAAAAAAAAGACGAGCAAAAAGGAGUAUGUGUGUGAGAGAGAAGAGAGUAGAGAAAGGAGAAAAAACUAUUAAUCAUGGACAAGACGACAGAAGCUUACUGUCAAAACGUCAUGCAAUGUUAAUGAUCAUAUGACUAUUCUGCAGUCAGAUUCAAUGUUAUCAAUCAGAUGAUUGAUAUAUUGUUUCCAUAUGCAAUCCCAGCACUCUCUCUUGCCUGAGGUCUCCUCUCUGUAUCUAUCUUAGUACCUCUGUACUGCUGUUUUAUUGGCUGACAGUGAAAAAAAGAUUGUUAGAUUAAUGAGUUAUGUUCAUGGCUAGCCUUUCAAUCUAUUAGCAUACGUCAUCAUUCUGUCUCUCCACUGGAUUUACUCCUGGGCUUAGACCCAUCAAUAACACUAUUCAGUCCGUCACUCAUACCGCACCAAUGCUCCUGCCCCCACUACCCAAUUAGCGCUCCUGUUGGAGAAUCUAGACCUGCAUGCCAAUUAGUGCUCCUUUCCUGUGGGUGUGUCUCAAUAGACUGAAUCGACUUUCUCUCCUUGUCUAUUUUUCCUUUCAGUUUAACUAGACAGGUGGAACCUUCUUACGGCCUUAACCUACCUGGGGUUUCCAGAUCAGUGACAGUGAGGGGAGACAAGGAAAGGGAAGCACCUUUAAGUACUUGGUCAGGUGGUCGUAUGGUACAAGUAAACAAUGCCUGUCACACCAUGUUGUAACGCAGCUUACAGCCUUCCAGAUUCAACUCAGCUGUUCAGUACAUUAACACUGGACCUAUUGAUGAUUGUCGUACUCAAAUGCAAUGGGAGGUCACAGGAUGUUGGAAAUGCCUGCUUGUGUGCCACUGUGUUCCGCUGCCUGUUUAACAGAGGUGUCCGUUGUUUCAGAGGGUGCUUUGGGCCUAAACACUGACUCAUUCUGGAUGGGAGCUGGAUAGCUUCUGAUGUCAUUGAGAAUAUAGGACCUUAGGUGACCUCAGGGCUUCAUAGAAUUAGACAUUCUAAGGUUUAUUAAGAAUAUGUAUAAACUACGAUAACCUUAAAAGGUGCUUUCAAAACACUGUUACGAAAAAUAGAAAGUUGGAAUUUUAAUGUGUUUCAUCAUUACAAGCUCAAUAACUUCUCAGUUAUACGUUUAGGGGUGGAAAUGGUUCUGUGAAUGGAAAUGGGCGGUUGCUAGGAUGGUGUAUUUAAUUGUUGUGUGUUGUGUGUAAAAUAUCUCAUGUACGUUGGACCAAAAUUCCUAACCGACCUAAUCUAGUGAUCAGUUCAGAUGUUACUGUAUGUAGAGUCAGAAAACUAACUGCAGUGUACUGAUGCUGUUGAUAAGGAGAGGUUGAUUCCCCCGGCUAGGCUUUGACCAGUGUCUGGGGUCAGCCUCACCAUGCCACUCUAUGAAUGCCCUGAGUAUGUUGUGUUGUGGAAUAUGGACUAUGCUUCCUGUUUAUUGGUCUGUGGCUGGUUCAGGACAGUGAUUGCUGUAUCGUGUGUUUUGUCCUCUCUGAAGGAGUGUUGUUACGCGUUGUCUCCGCUGUAUGUGUAUGUAUCCUCCCACGUUAACCCCUCCCCCCCUGGGUCUGGGGUUGUAAAUCCUGUGUAACCCCACCACUUAAGAGAGUUUACACCAUUUUGCACACAUAAUAAAUGUUCAUAAUUUUA